CGUCCGUGAGGCGUUCAUACCGCACGGGUUAUUGUAAAAACCGAGCAUUUCUCUGCCCUUCCUCCUGCUCUCGCUAGCCUCCUAGCUAACGGACCGAGAAAAGUCUCACCGACUUCCGUUACUGUCAGCUAGCUAGCACCGCUAGCUUAGCCUAGCUUAGCUGUGCCGGGUUGGGUCUAAAGGAGGAAAACAAAUGGAAACGAGAGGGGAGCUAUAGUCACGGGGCUGGUUCUUGGCGUAGAGCUUUGAACCAGGGCGCACAUGUACCGCACCGGCUUCAAAUAGCGCAUUUAUUAUUCAAAGUUGGUAUUGGGUUCACAUCUUUAGCUAGCAGCGGCUGGUUAGCCAUGGCAGCUUACGUUAUGGCAGCGAUCAGGAAAAAGCUGGUCAUAGUGGGAGAUGGAGCCUGUGGGAAGACCUGUCUACUCAUUGUGUUUAGUAAGGACCAGUUUCCUGAGGUCUACGUCCCCACAGUCUUUGAGAAUUAUGUUGCUGACAUUGAAGUCGAUGGCAAACAGGUGGAGUUGGCGCUUUGGGAUACAGCAGGUCAAGAGGACUAUGACAGGUUGCGUCCUCUCUCCUACCCAGACACAGACGUCAUUCUCAUGUGCUUCUCCAUCGACAGUCCAGACAGUCUCGAGAACAUUCCUGAGAAGUGGACUCCUGAGGUGAAGCAUUUCUGUCCCAACGUUCCCAUCAUCCUGGUGGGAAAUAAGAAAGAUCUGCGGAACGACGAGCACACUCGACGGGAGCUUGCCAAAAUGAAGCAGGAGCCUGUGAAACCAGAGGACGGGCGGGACAUGGCUAACCGGAUCGGUGCCUCUGGAUACAUGGAAUGCUCCGCAAAAACAAAAGAUGGAGUGAGGGAAGUGUUCGAGAUGGCCACCAGGGCUGCACUACAGGCCAGGCGAGGAAAGAAGAGCAAUAAAUGUGUCCUACUGUAAACGGGGGCAUGAGGACUGCUUCCUGCGAGGGGGGGUAAAAAGAAGGAGAAUUAGGUCAAUCCUGCCCCCAGACACACCCACACAAAAGACUGUUCUCCCCUGUUUUUACUAAAAGUGUAACGCUUUUACUGUUUUGUCUUACGCAAGAGUAGUCAGGUUCUGUCAGUAUUUUGAGGUUCUGGAAAAUACUUUUUGUACUUUUAACAUGAGUAAACUCUGCCACAAUGAAACCUCCUUUAACAUUUCUGUAAUCAAAAAGGUCAGCUAGGGGACCUGGUGUGUCAUACCUGCCAACUACAAUUAAGUGCUUAAGCCCUGCUGCUGAUCUGAGGAAUGUCCACAGCCAACCAGGGUGAAGAACCCGCACACUGUGACAUGCUUUCCAACCAACUGAUGCACAAAUGAAGGUAAAAUUGGAGUCUGUGCCUCAUAUUCGAAUUUUUGGUUGCAUUACGGUAAACGAGACAACUUUUUCUGUUUGUAAAGAUCUUUAAUUUGAGCUUUUCUCCCACGUGGAGGGAGCGUUUGUGACCUUAUGAAUGCUUUUGGCAUAUGCAUUCCAGAGUUUGGGUUCAGGUCAGCGAUAGUGCAACAUGAAGUGCGCUUACAAGAGACGGGUGGGCAUUGCAGAUUGAACACGAGCCUCGCUUCGGCUACAGGCGAAGGAGUCUGACGGACGACAGAUUUUUCAAAAUGAAAUGUUUUGAUCCCUUGAACUACUUCAUUAAAUACCAACUUUAUGUAUCAUUUUAGAACAUCUGCAGUUGGAAAAAAUAAAAUUGUCAGUGCUCCCUGGUGGAAAA